AGGGGGCGGAUGUGCUGCCUCUGUCUGCCCAGGCGCACAGCCAGAGAGGAAGACUUGGGAACAAGAGUUAAUGUCCUAUGAUGAAUUAUGCAGCUGCCCAAAGUCAGCCUCUGGAGCUUGGGGAGUAUUUUUGCAGCCAGAAUCCCUUUUAGCUUUCCUUCUAUGUAAGCCGGGGAGACUGGGAGUUUGUUUUCUGCACCCUUAGGACCCUGCAGGCAUUCAUGUCUCCCAGUGACUUCCUGCGGAAAUCGCAGCCCUUGGUGUCAGGCUUGGCAAGUGGAAUGAAAGGAAGAGGAUGCAAGUGCAGGGUCUGGGGAAAGACGUUCAGGCCAGGCAUUCCUUCCCUGCUUCUUUUUACUGUCAGGGGACAAAGUAAAAAGAAAGCCAGGUGCAUGAAAGAGGGUUAGUAAAGAACAUUUUCUGCAUCUAAAAGAAGUCAAGCCUGUUGAUUAUGGUAUAAGUAAUUAAUUGUGCGAGCCCAUGUGCAGUUUCAGUCCCCACAGUAUGUAAACUGAGUUUAAAAAAAGGCUUGCAUGACUAUGAUGGAAAAAUACAAGAACAUUUCAGAAAGAAAUUAUAAUCUUGCGUAACCCCAUCUCAUUUCCAUUUUGCAGAGACUAGGUAUUAUGGGAGAGAGAAGUAUUCAGUGUCUAGUCAGGGCUCCUUGGAUAGGCCCUUCAGAAUGCCAGCAGAAUCACAGUGGUGUGGUCUUGUACCUGAUAUCUACUCUGAAAAACAAAUACGCACAAAAAGACUAAACUGUACACAUAAUAUUUUCCUUGUAGUAUUUUUACACUUUGGAGUACUAACCACAAGCUUCAGUGUUUCAGUACAUUUUCCGGUGGUAAGCUGUCUUUUCCAAAGAGAAGAGGAAUAAAGAAGUCACCUCCCCAGCUGUCAUCAUCUUCCCACAGAUUGAGCAAGAAUAUUUUGACCACUACAGAAAAGGCAUUCCAUCAAACCUUAGAUGAUGACCAACCAUGUGAUUUUUUCAAGACAAGGCAUAGGAUGAAUGAAUCUCAUCAAAAAAGCAGAUCUCAAUCUUCGAGCUGAAGAAAUCGACCCAGUUUCCUUCAAUCUUUACCCAAGUGAAGGCUGUGCAAAGACUGAAUACCAUUAUCCAGACUUCCUUCCACCCCCAUUUAGCUCCUGGGACCUUCGGGAUAUAGCCAUGCUUCCAAACACAGAGUGCAAGGUCCAGGCAGUGUCCCACACGGGUGGUCUUCUUGGGAAGUACCUUGACAGACUCAUCCAGCUUGAGUGGCUGCAGAUCCAGACUGUGCAGUGUGAGAAGGGCAGGGGAGGAAAAGCCAGGCCUCCCGUUGUCCCUGGGGCCUCAGGGGCUCUGAAAAGUCCUGGGAGAAGUAAACUACUUGCUAGUACUCUGUGCAAGCCACUACCUUACCGAGAAGGGACCUCAAAAUCAGGCCUUUCACGAAAGAAGGCUUUUCCCUAUGAAGAGCUUCACCCAUCCUGUUGCUCAUUCGAGGCUUCCUCCAGACCUGUGGACUCACAGAGCUGUGCCAGGUUGUGUUCUCAGAAGCCAACUCCUGAGCUGAGGACUGGAGAGAAGAAAAAGAAAUCAAGCAGGAGCAGCAAGCUGCAGCGCUGGGAUUUGCCCUGCAGUGGCUGCAACCCUAAGAUGGAAGCCAGUGGUAACAUCCGAGUCCCCAAACAGUCAGCCAUGAUUCUGGACCCUGUGGACUCCUGUGGGGCCGCCAGAACACAAACUCAUGUAAAUCUUAAGAAAAAGGGGAAUGGAAAUAACUGUGGUCGUGCCACUGUAGCUAGUGAGAAGAAAUUAAAAACCAAUGGAGUAAAGCAAAAGGCGUGUAAAUUAAAAUAGUGUCUGAACUGGUGAAGUGCUGGGCCCACAGACACGGAAAUACUGAAGCCCUUCCAGAAGCUACGAUAAAGACAUCUCGUGACGACUGGCUUUGAAGCAGUAGACUGACUCUUCGGGUUACCCCAUCCCCACCUGAGCAGAGUUAUUCUCAAAGACUGGUCUGCUUCAGUAAGCCUUUCUUUGUAUUGACAAACAUUUUAGGCACUUGAGAGUCCUUUAGGUAAAAAUUCAGCAAAAUGUAUGUUAUAUAAAGAAAUAUAAUGAUAACACUAGCCAGCAGUGCUACUUGCCCUCACGUAAGAGUAAAACAGUAUGUACUGUUGUAAAUGACAUGAAAUCCUAGCAUUUGAAAUAAGGCCAAUCUGGCCACUGGCUUUCUGGCUUUUGCAUAAGUUCUUUAAGCAAAUCUUUGUUCUACUCCCAGGAGAAGGGUCAGUUCCUCCCCCAGCUAUGGAAAAAAUGUGAGUUUCUAUUUUGAGCGGUCAUUUAUCACUAAGCUGCUUGCUUGCAGAGAUAAUGGCACCCAGGGCUUUAAUACAUUUCUCUGACAUGAUUUUUAAAUUUAGAGGUGGCGUGAAGUCCAUUUCUGAAUCCUUUGAACUAAGGGUAAGAUAACUUGCAGAAAGAAAGUGGUCUAAGCAUGAUUAUUGCUGUUUGGUGGGGAAGAAGGAACUGUUUGGCAACGGAGACUUUCUGUCAUGCACAGCUCUCUGAAGAGAAGCCACCUUUUAGAAGUUAUAAAUGAAGGGCCUAAAACGUGGAGCUGUGUCGGCUGUAACAGUUAAUAAGUUACUGACUUGGAAUCCAGAACUCAUUGUCCUUAGUCAAAAACCUGAUCUAAUUCAGUUUGCAAGAGCAGGAAUUUAUAAUUGUGCCUGGGGGUGGGGGUGGGCGUGGGAGAGGACACACGUCCAGAUGGAGGGAGUGGAAUGGAACAGGCACAGUUGCUGGAUGUGUUCAGAACAUGCUUAUCUGCUCCCAGGCUUCCUGGUUCUUCGGUGGGCAGGCCACUUCCUCAGCUGAGGUUGAGUCACGUCUGCUUUUUCACUGGCUGUGCAGGGAGCUCUCUGUCAGUGUGUGAGUAUCUUCCAAACCUUUGCUUGGCUGCCUCUUGAGGUCCUGUUUUAAUGAGCUCAGUUCAUUUUAUCCAUUGAAACAAUUACUGUAUUUGCUUUAGGCAUCCAUGCUUCUGUUUUUUCACCUUUGGAGUUAACGAAAAAAUGAGACAUGCUGCAUUUGAAAAUUUAUAAUGGCUUAGAAACUCUUCCCACAGCAGUGAGUGUAUUCAGACUCCACACCAGGACAAGAUGCAUUCACGAUUAAAACAACAUGCAAGGGGUAAACAUUAGGAUCUGUUUUUAACCAUAUUAAACGUAUGAACAUUUUUAUGGUAGCCUUUUCCUUGCAGGGUUUUUGCAAACUCUUUCAUUCUUUACCUUUCACACCAGCUUACUGGAGAAAGCACACUUACACUUUUUAUGUGAACAAAAGAUGUACAUAUAGUAGUCGUUGCUUCCUGGUCCUUAAAUAUACCCUUACCAUUUGUCCUUGGUAUAUCCACUGUAUUUGGAAAAGAGCCCUACUCUUCCUUCUCCUCCUGUGGUUCCUGAAUUGCCCCAUGUGCCCCAGCCUGCCUGCUCUUUGGGACACAGAUGAGUCCAUUACCCAUGGCUGAUAGCCUCCCUUCUUUCUCUGACAGAUCUUUAUGUAGCUUUUCAUGAAGUUCUAUGGCUGAUACCUAUCUCUAGCAUGACAUCACAUACACCUGUAUUUCUCAUUUAAUACUAAAGGCUUUGUGCCAACGCGUUGCCUUUUCUGGUACUGCAUCCAUGUGGGUGCCCUACUCCUGGAGACCUUGAAUGGGUGACGGUGCAAAUGUUUUCCCCCCCUUGCCUAUGUGUGUGUGAGCUGAAGAUCAUCAUGAUUAGGAAAUUUAGAAGUAAUGCCUCCCGCAUCUAGGCCCAGCUUUUUAAACCAAAGCUGGUUGCUUAACCUGAGGAAUAGUCCAAACAGCCUGUGUUCAGGUAGUUCUAAAAACCUGAAAAGGUGACCUCAUUUGUUUACCUUUUUGCCUGAAGUUGUUUAUUUUAACCAGUGUUAUUGGAUUGGAUCAAAGCACCUAUGAACAAUGUUUACUUUUUUUUUAAACUUAGAUUUAUUACAGAAAUAAUAUAAGCACAAUUUUAGUUUUAUGAUCUUUAAUAUACCCAUCCAGCACAUCUUAAUGCACUAAGUACUGUAGGCGACUCAUGCAGUUCAUCAGGUCAGAACCGUGGGAGUGUCCUGCUGGAGUGUCCUAGUGACUUACGUCGCAGAGUUUCCAAAAAGUGCCUCUCAUUUCUGAGGAGUUGUUUGCACACACCUCCUUGCAUUUAAGCCAACUAAAACGAUCUGAGGUAAGAACCAAAAAGAAUAUAAGAAAAGAUAUUUCAGGCUUAGAAUCAGUUAGUAGAAAAAAAAAUCAGAAAAUCUUCUCUGAAUGUUUAGGUUUAAACUGUUUCGCAAACCUUUAAAUGAGGCCUGAUGCAAAACAUGGAAGAGACAAUGUCUGUCUGAAUAGUAGCUAAUGGUGAAAGGAAGAUGGUUUAUACUGGUUCCUCAGUCUAUUUGGCUACUUUCCAGAAAGAUGUAAGAAUUGCCACCUUACGUUGUCUUUUUUUUCUUUUUAUUUUGCCAUUAACUUGAGUAGUUACGUAGAAACAGGAAACUGCCGGUGGUACUGUGUUCAAGGCAGUGGAGAAGCAGUGUUUGUAUUUAUGUUUACAUGUACAGGGCUUGAACAGAUUCAGCAUGAUUAUUUGCUGUUAAAUGAUUGUAAGUUUGGUUUUCCAUGUAAUAAAACAAUUCGCGUAAGUUUUUGUGAACUCAGAUUUUUUUUUUCCUUCCUUGAGAUCAAAUAAACAGAAAAAUAUUACCAGGUAUGGUUUUGUUUUGCUUUUUCUAAGUCUGUCUGUUUUCUCCCUGUUAUUUCAAGGAAUUGCUCGGGAUGAAAUCCUGUUCUAACUCCUCCCUGGAUACUAAGCCCUGACCUGUGUAAGGAUUUAGAGAAGAUUCGUAGACCAUCGUAGAUUCGUUAGGGAAACAUCAACGUCCGCCGCUCCCCAGACACGUUGAGGUUGGGUGAGCAGGCAUGAAAUUCAAGAAACCCUUGCCAGAACUUAACACCUGCCAAACCCAAAAGGCCUUGGCUCCUCCUCCUAGCUCACUUCUGACCUUGAGGUGUACACUUUUGAGUCUACCAAAUCAUGGCAGUAGGAUUUGUGGAGGAUAGGAAACAGUUUUCUGGUGGCGUUUCAACAUUAACCAUGCUGUAAGUUUUAAAUCCAGGCUUCAUUUAUACCAAAAAAAAAAAAAAGUAGGUUAUUUUUGACUGUUGCUAUCUAUCUUAUCAUCCACAAGAUGGCGACGUAACCUUUCAGACAGCCAUGAAUUUGUCCCAUUACUCAUUAGAAAGGUUCUUUUCCUACCAGUACCGUGCCAUCAGACAAUUAAACUUAAGUGCUGGGGAGGGUUCCCUUCUAGUCACUGAACGUUCCCAAAUCAUGAGUCACGGUGUGGCGCACACAGUAACGCGCCACGAAGUAACGUAAGUCAUUACUUUAUAAAAACCUUCAUAGAGACCUGUUUGAUAAACGGCAACUUUGUGGCUGGGAAGAAUCUGAACAGACAGCCUUGCUGGGUGUUCCCACAGUCUUGCAUUCGCUCAGGUUGUUUUGUCCAGCCGUGUUUCCUCCAUCACACCUAAGCAUGAACAUAGACAGGUUUCCCUGACUUAGGGUCCUCAUUUUUAGGGCUCCUGUCUCAUGGAACACUUUGAUGAAAUAAAUUUGUUGUGCUUUUUUCUUGCGAGCAUGUCUUCUGCUACAGGAAUGUGGGCCUGGCCCUUAUGAUGGGUGAGGAAAGGUAUCCCACCUUUCUGCCCCUAUAAAGGAAAAUCAAUAAUGCAUCUUUAACUUCAUGGUACACUAACCUAGCACAAUUUUAUGCCUUGCUGCACACAUUGUGAGUCCCUCCUCAGGCCUCUGGGUCAGUCUGUUCUUGAACAAGACCCUUGGCACGUUAAAGCCUGAGAAACCUUUCCUAGUAAUGAACGUCUGCAAGCCCAAGUUGACUGCUUCCUUCUAAGGUGCUUUAAGGACUGGACCCCACCUGUCCCCACACACACUUCAGCUACCAAGGAAACCAUGGGCUUAUCUAUGUGGAUUUUCUCAGAGCCUAAAGGCAUGUGGCUCACAGUUGCGCUGCAGAACUGAUCAUCUGCAGAAGAGGUUUAGGGCCUCUGAUAAUCCACACCACAAGUGUGUGCUCAGGAGUUUCGGUUCCUUAAAACACUUAGCCCCCUGACCCUCACAUUCAGACUCUCACACUUUCAUACUCCAGGCCAGGGAAACUGUGCCUUUCCCAUUCCUUUCACCCCCACCAUCAUCUUAGCCAGGUGUAGGAGAUCUUUGCCUGUCACCAGACUUCCUUCCCUGCCUCCCCAGGAGAUGCCUACCUUCAUAAAGCAAGGGAAAAGGAGACAAAGGUUUGCUUUUUUCCAGGACUGUUUUUAGUUCUCUAAACACUGAAACAAAAUGCUUUUGUUGUAGAAGAAGAUGCUCUGGUUUUAACCUCAGCAAGUACUUGAUGUGGAGUGAUCUUAGCUCUCCCUUCUCCCUGUCCUCGCUUUCAAACUUUAGAAGUAUUAACAUGGUGGCAUGGAUGACUGAAGAAAGAGCUUUGUCUGCACGGUCAAUAUGUUUAUACUGAAAGAUCUUGGCAAAGGUGAGGAAGACCCAGGAUCUGUCAUACACUGUUCAUCUUCUACUCUUAAUUGGAAAAUUGGGAAAGACAUUGAAGAUCUCUCAAAAAAAAUGUUCAGGCCAGCUCUUGGUGGCUGACUCAAAACACUAAGCAUGAGUCACCCUUUCUUACCUAUCUAGGUGACUACCAAAGCCAUCAAAGUAGAAGAGCCAAACACUUUUUAGUUGUUA